AUGGAUACAGCAGAUGAUGUAUGCUUCCAUGAAGAUUGCUGGGUUCUACGAUCUACGGACAAGCAAGGUUCCAAGAUUGAGGCACUUCAAUUGUUUACCGAUGCCACGUUCCAAGCAAAGAUUUUCGUGGCGAACAUUAAUAUCAUGGCAACGGGCGUGAACCUACAUGACGCCUGCCGCGUCGGGGUUAUUGUCAGCCAGCAUUUCAAUCCCAAGAGGAAUCUCCAGAUUCAUGAGCGCCUGAACCGCCUGGGUCAGAAACAUGUAGUCAUCUGGCACUGCUUGAAGGUCAAGAAUUCGUUUCACGACCACCAAGAUCGGGUCAUGCUGACGAAGUGGGCACGUCAGCUCUCCGCCGAGAGCAAUAUUAAGAAGUGGCUAGCCGGCGCCCUCCGAGAGAUGAUACUUCUUGAAACCAUGAAGACCUACGCCAAUCUCGUUGAUUCUAAUGUGUUCAUGCAGACGGCGCUGCCGGGAUCGCUUCCAGAGAAGAAGCAUGCCCAACUGUCGGCCAUUGCCAGGGAUGAAGAGACCGCCAUGAUGAAGGCUGAGCGCGAGAAGAAUACCGGCCCCGAAGCCGACCAGGACAUCAGCAUGGAGAAACUCAGAGACAUGCGUGACCAGCUGGGAUAUCAAACCCUGGCAACAGUCUCAAUCGCCAAUUGA